AUGUCGUCAAAAGUGUUAUUGUUAGUAACAAUGACAAUGAUGAUGGUGAUGGUCACAAUGACAAGGGCAGCUUCAAUUAACUAUGCAGAAGCAUUAGCAAAGAGCAUCUUGUUUUUUGAAGGUCAGAGGUCUGGCAAGUUACCACCUUCUCAACGCAUCAAAUGGCGGAAAGACUCUGCACUUCAUGAUGGCUCAGACAUUCAUAUGGAUAUGGUAGGUGGAUACUAUGACGCUGGCGACAAUGUGAAAUUCAAUUUUCCCAUGGCAUUCACAUUGAGCAUGCUAGGUUGGAGUGUCGUAGAAUUUGGAGAUCUGAUGGGUUCAGAGUUGCAAAAUGCAUUGGAAGCAAUCCGGUGGGGAAGUGAUUAUUUUCUCAAAGCCACAAAACAUCCUAAUAUAGUUGUGGCACAAGUUGGCAAUCCCAUUGCCGAUCACGAUUGUUGGGAGAGGCCAGAAGACAUGGACACUCCUCGAACCUCGUACUUUGUUUCUCAGAACAGGCCAGGUUCAGAACUCUCUGCUGAGAUUGCUGCCGCACUUGCAGCAUCUUCCAUGGCUUUUAGGAAAACUGAUCCUCACUAUUCCAACUUGCUUCUCAUUAAGGCUAUGCAGGUAUUUGACUUUGCAAAUAAAUAUCGUGGAUCUUAUAAUAACAGCGUCGGUGCGGGAGCAUGCCCCUUCUACUGUGAUUUUAGUGGCUACAUGGAUGAGUUGAUUUGGGGAGCAGCAUGGUUGUAUAAAGCCAGUAAUAAGCCCAAUUAUCGGGAUUUUGUGAAAGCAAACAUCCAAUCCAUGGGCAAUCUUGAUGAAUUUGGAUGGGACUGCAAGCAUGCUGGCAUAAAUGUGCUUGUUUCGCAGUGGGCGAUGGCUGAUGCAUCCAGUAGAGAUCUUUUCAUUCCUAAUGCAGAUAAAUUUAUAUGCUCUUUGUUGCCGAGUUCCCCUACCAAAUCUGUCUCGUACUCUAAAGGUGGACUUCUAUUCAAACCUGGAGGAAGUAACCUACAACACACAACAGCUCUGUCAUUUCUUUUAAUUGUUUAUGCACGUUACAUGCAAUCUGCGAAGAAAACAGUAACAUGUGGGAAUGAAGUUGCCGACCCAGCUAGGCUCAUAAAUCUUGCAAAAAGUCAGGUGGAUUACAUAUUGGGAAAGAACCCACUAGGAAUGUCAUACAUGGUAGGGUAUGGAGCCAAGUACCCUAAGAAGAUACACCACCGAGGUUCAACUUUACCAUCUGUGGAUAUGCACCCACAACAUAUCCAGUGUCGUGAGGGAGACCAAUAUUUCAAAUCAGAAAAACCCAAUCCUAACAUUCUAACAGGGGCUGUGGUUGGAGGACCUGCUGAAGAUGAUUCUUUUCAGGAUUCGCGCUAUAAUGUUGGUCAAUCAGAGCCAACAACAUACAUCAAUGCUCCUUUUGUUGGUCUUUUGGCUUACUUCAACAAGCAUACUAUUAGUUAG